AUGGCGUCGGCAUCUGCCAGUGUGGAUUCCAAGGCAGAGCUGACCGCACUGCUGGAGCAGUGGGAGAGGGAGCAGCAGGCCAGCACACCAGACCUGGUCAACAUCCUGACCAAGUGAGUGUGUGUAAUACAGGAGGAUUAUUGUUGGUAACACCAGUGGAUAUUAUGUGAAGUAACAUCAGUGAAUGUUAUGGGAAGUUUCUAUUUGGGUUGACGUUAUUUAUUCAGGCCACAUGUUACUUGAUAUUUUUAAGUCUCUGAACAUUAAGGAAUAUGUGGUUGUCUGUUUUUGAAUAUAUCAUGGGUUUUCUUUUCCUCAGGGUUUCAGAGCUGGUGGAGAGGGAGACUGAGGAAUAUCACAAAGCUGAUCCGGAUCCUUUUGAUGACAGGCACCCUGGUAAGAUGAUGGAUUUAUGUUGUGUGUAGUCAUAACUAUAGUAUUAACAAUAGCAACAGUGAUAGUUGUUGACAUUCUGUAGGUUUUUCUAAUUCUCCCCACCUCUUGCCACUUAGGGAGAGCGGAUCCAGAAUGCAUCUUGGGUCAGCUGCUAAAGAUCAUGUUCAAAAAUGAUGACUUUGUGAAUGCUGUAAGACCUGAACUUUUUUAGUAGUAUUUUUCCCCACACACAUUUACAGAAUGGUAUUAGUUCAAAUUUGAAUUGUUAUUUGAAUUCCUGUUUUUUUCCAGCUCGUUAAUAGUUAUGUGAUGACCAGCAGAGAACUCACACUCAACACGGCAGCCUGUCGCCUGCUGCAGAACAUCAUGCCUGGGUUGGAGACCGCUGUGGUCUUUCAGGAGAAGGUAGGAUAUAACCUAGACAUGUUUGUAUAUUUUGUUAGCUAUAAUAUGCAACUGAUUCAAAUAUUCAAUCGUCUUUGCCGUUAUGCCUCUGUUUGUGUGUGUACAUGACAGGAUGGCAUAGUGGAGAGGCUGUUUAAAUGGGUCCAGGAGGCUGAGCAGCCCCUGAUGAUCUAUGCUACGGGCCUGCUUGCUGGAGCAAUGGAGAACCAGGACAUCGCUGCCAACUACAGGGAGGAGAACUCUGUUGUGGUCAGUGGCAACACCCUACUAACAGAUGUUUUUUGUUAAGCCUCUGAGAAGGUUUAACAACAUCAACAUAAGCUCUUGAGUAAAUACUGUAAUGUGGGGUCAGUUUAAUUUAGCCCUGUCACUACAAGUGGGCGCCAGGCUGGCCAUAAUCGGUAUCUGUGAAUGAUGCUAGAUGCAUCUUUCUCGCUUUAGGUGCCUCUGAUGCUGCAGCGGCUACGCGAGCUGCAGGCCAAGGACACUGAGAACCGGAAGGAGUUUAAACGGCCCAGUCCCAGGAAGACCCUGGGGGAACCUCUCCUUCCUCUGGAUGAGGAGACGGUUGACGGGGGCAUCGAGGACACCCCCUUCCCCCCGGGGAAUAAUGGCAUGGAGAGGGAUGAGAAGGGACCAGAUGAGGACCGAGUGGAGAUCCCCAGCCACAAGUCUGACAACGAGAUCUCCUUCCACCUCAACUACCUUAACCACACCCACAAGACCAGCAGCUGCGCCAACUUGGCUGUCAAAGGCCUGAUGAAGCCUGUGUCUGCCGCACCGUCUCUGUCCCACCGGGACUUCCCCGACGGCAGGGCGGAGGGCAGCAGUCACCUCAAGAGGAGAGCGGAGAGGGAGAACGGACGGAAGGUGAAACAGAAACUGAACUUCUCCCUGCCGGACCCGGAGAGGAACUUCAGCGAGCUGUCCAACAGCAGCUGGUCUGAGAUGAGCCCCUGGGUGAUUGGGAACAACUAUCACCUUUACCCUCUGACCCCAGAGAUGGAGCAGAGGCUCAUCCUGCAGUACCUCACCCCUCUGGGAGAGUACCAGGAGGUUAGUGUCUGCUACAUAAACCUACCAGCAGAUGUCAGUCUUCUCAAACUCCCUUAUAAGAGCUAGUGCUGUAUUCGUUGAAGACAAUAUACCAUAAAUGUCUGUGUAGACUGGCAGACAGACGAGUAGUACUCUGUAUACAUUUUUUAUUUCUUUGUAUUCAUUUCUGUCUUUCAGCUUCUGGCUGUCUUCAUGCAGAUGAGAGCCUGUGAGCUGCUCAUCCAUUACAUGGACCUGAAGCAGACCAACGAUGUACAGCUCACCUUUGAGGCUCUCAAUGUAACCGUUCUACAACUGACCUAUAAUGCAUCUCAAUUGUUUAAAGAGGAGCAUCCCAGCCUUAUCCUAUGCUUCUCAUUCGCUACCUGUAGUACCUGGCCUCCCUGCUCCUGCAUAAGAAGUUUGCCGCUCAGUUUGUGGCCCAUGGAGGGGUUCAGAAGCUGCUGGAGAUCCCCAAGCCUUCCAUGGCCGCCACAGGGGUGUCUCUGUGCCUCUACUACCUGGCCUACAACCAGGACGCCAUGGAGAGGGUAGGACACACACAAACACACACACUGCAUAAAGAUCAACGGUUCAUAGAAGUUGUGACCUGUGGUACAUGGGUGUAACAUGAUUUACUUCCAUGUAAAUGUGUAAGUCAAUACCAAAUGUGUGUGUUCAUGUGUCCCAAUUAAAUGUGUCUUUGUUACCCCUAGGUGUGUAUGCUGCCCCACUCCAUUCUGUCUGACGUGGUGAGCUACACUCUGUGGCUGUUGGAGUGUUCCCACGCCUCGGGCUGCUGCCACGCCACCAUGUUCUUCUCCAUCUCCUUCUCCUUCCGUGCGGUGCUGGAGCUCUUCGACAGGCAGGACGGCCUCCGACGCAUGGUCAACCUGGUAGGAGGACCUGUCUGGUUUAGUCAUGCUUCUGUUUCAUCCAGUUGUCACUACGACCGGGUUUCUUAAUCCUGGUGAAAACCACUAUUGGUAUUUCACUGUCUCCAGAUCAGUUCUCUGAACGUCCUCUGUAUUGGAGUGUGUAUUAGACUGCUGUUCAUUUUGUAUUCUACUGUCUCCAGAUCAGCACGUUGGAGAUCCUAAACCCUGAGGACCAGGGGGCCCUGCUGAGUGAUGACCAGAUCUUCUCCAGCAGGCAGACUGCCAAGCACACCUGCAUGGCCCUGCGCAGGUAUUUCGAGGCCCAGUUGGCAAUCAAGAUGGAGCAGGUCAAGCAGUCCCUGCAGCGGACUGAAGGGGGUGCUCCCAUUCACCCACAGCCUUACUACAAGGUAAGAGGAACAGGCCUUUCCAUGUGAGUUGGGAGAUUGUGAAAAUUGAAAUGAUUGUCUUGGGUCCUCUUUCAAUUAAUGAAAUUGAAUUUCAAUUAACUUUCUGAAUUGAAAUGGAAUUGACCCCAUCCCCCUGCAACCCAUCAUCACAGAUGAACCUUGAUGAUGUUUUUCCUUCAGUGAUGCAGCAUUCUCUUUCUGUUCCCCAGGCGUGUAGUUACACCCACGAGCAGGUGGUGGAGAUGAUGGAGUUCCUGAUCGAGUACGGCCCAGUCAGGCUGUACUGGGAGCCUGCAGAGGUUUUCCAUAAGCUCUCCUGUGUGCAGCUCCUCCUGCAGCUCAUCUCCAUCGCCUGUGACUGGAGGACCUACUACGGCAGGUAAGGACAGAAAAAAAAAAAUGCAACCUUCCUUCUCUUUCAAGGACUGAUGAGAAGGACGGAGUUAUUUAUCAACCCUCUCUGUUCUAUAUGAAGAUACACCUCUAUUCAUUAUGGAGAACAUUUGUUCUCCAUAAUUCACAAAUUCAAGUGAAUACAGAGUUGUACUGUGUGACUAUUUUCCCCCCUGUGUUGUUUUGUCCUCAAGGAGUGACACAGUGCGUUAUGCCCUGGACAUACUGAGCAUCCUGACAGUGGUCCCUAAGACCCAGCUGCUGAUGGCGGAGCCUGUGGCCGUGCUGGAUGGGGAGGGGGGCAACGCCAUCUCCACCGUGGGUAUGUUACACUGCCCUGCCCUGCCCUGUCAUUAUUAUUAUUAUUAUUAUUAAAGUUGCACGAUAUGAGCAAAAAAAUCAGGUGGGCUAGUACAACGUUGGAACAUCUGUUUUAGCUGCACUCAGUUCAUUGUUGAAUCAACUGUAUGCAUUGACUGCACACGAGCUGGCUAUAAGACCGUCUAGGAGUAGACAAUUUGUGUGCGAAACAGUGUUGUUGGCUUGCCAGCUAGCUAAGGGGCAAGGCUUGGUUUGUGUGGGAAGCAGCCACAAGGGGAGUGAGACGACAACAGCUGAGUAAACUAUAAAAACAGACGUUACAUGCAGCUAAUUAGUGUUUCAAAAUAUUGCACGCGAUAUGGAUCUCUUGCUAUAUGGAUAUUGCACUUGUCAAUAUACACUGAGUGUACAAAACAUUAGGAACACCUUCCUAAUAUUGAGUUACACCCCCUAUUGCCUUCAGAACAGCCUCAAUUCGUCAGGGCAUGGACUCUACAACGUGUCGAAAGCAUUCCACAGGUAUGCUGGCCCAUGAUGACUCCAAUGCUUCCCACAGUUGUCAAGUUGGCUGGAUGUCCUUUGGGUGUUGGGCCAUUCUUGAUACACAUGGGAAACUGUUGUGUGAAAAACCCAGCAGCAUUGCAGUUUUUGACACAUUCAAACCAGUGCGCCUGGCACCUACUACCAUACCCUGUUCAAAGACACUUACAUCUUUUAUCUUGCCCAUUCACCCUCUAAAGGUCACACAUACACAAUCCAUGUCUCAAUUGUCUCAAGGCUUAAAAAUCCUUAUUGAACCUGUCUCCUCCCCUUCAUCUACACCGAUUUGGAGUGGAUUUAACAAGUGACAUCAAUAAGAGAUCAUAGCAUUUACCUGGUCAGUCUGUCAUGGAAGGAGCAGGUGUUCCUAAUGUUUUGUACACUCUGUGUUUAGCCUACCUGUCAUGGCUUUUUAUUUACACAACCCCAUAUAUCCAGCAGACCAGUACUCUUGGCUUUGGGUUCUAAUCUUAAUGUUCUGUUGUUCCUCAGGUAUGAGUGUAGUCCUGGUGGUGGCAGAGGGAGAGGUGUUUGUGAACGACGCCGAGAUCCAGAAGUCGGCUCUGCAGGUGGUCAUCAACUGUGUGUGCGCUCCGGAUAAACGCAUGUCCAGCAUCGGCAAGUUCAUCUCCGGCACGCCCCAUAGAUGUCUACCCCAGACCACCAAGAGCAGCGAGAGCGUGCUCACCAAGAUGUGGAACGUGGUGCAGUCCAACAACGGCAUCAAGGUGAAAAUAUUGAUUUCAGAAUUGUCUAUUGAUGGAUCUUACGCUGGUAUGUUUUUAGGCACUACCGGUCUCAUAGUUCUGCCAUCUCCCUGUAGGUACUGUUGUCCCUGCUGACGGUGAAGAUGCCCAUCACAGAUGCGGAUCAGAUUCGGACCCUGGCCUGUAAGGCCCUGGUGGGUCUGUCCCGCUCCAGCUCAGUCAGACAGAUUAUCAGCAAGCUGCCUCUCUUCAGCAGCGGACACAUCCAGCAGCUUAUGAAGGAGCCUGUGCUCCAGGACAAACGCAGCGAACACGUCAAGUUCUGCAAGUUUGCGGCGGAGCUAAUCAAGCGGGUGUCUGGUAAACCCCUCAUGAUCGGGACGGAUGUCUCCCUGGCCUGGCUGCAGAGGGCCAACGUGGUGGCCCAGUCCAGGAUCUCCUUCCCUGAAAAGGAGCUACUGCUGUUGAUCCGGAACCACCUGGUGGUCAAGGGUCUGCAUGACACUGCCACCACGCUCACCAAGGAGGCUGACCUCCCCAUGGCCAUCCUCCCCCACCCAUCUUCCUCAGCUUUGCUUCCUGUCGUUGUUCCCCCUCCCCCUGCCUCUCCCGCCCCUGCCCUCCCCCGGACCCCUCGGCUGGCCAAUGGGGUCGCAGCACGGUUGGCGAGCCACGGCUCUCAUCCGUCCGUGCCGUUGUCAGUUCACCCCCAGCCUCGUCCCUCGACGUCGCAACUCCUCACGGUCCCUCCGGCCGCCCCUCCCCUGUUGACCCCUCACCAAAGCAACGGCUCUCCCCUGAUCGGACGGAUCGUGUUCACGCGAGAGCGCCCGUCGCCGUGCCCCGUGCCUGCCAUCUGUAAGAAGCCGCGGGUGCUGAGGCAGAAGUCAGACUACGGUGCCUUCAGCCAGAGUCCAGCCAUGAAGAAACAGCUGGACAGACACCUGCCCUCUCCCCCCGCCCUGGACAGCAUCAUCACAGAGUACCUGAGGGAGCAGCACGCCCGCUGCAAGAACCCUGUCACCACCUGCCCCCCCUUCUCCCUCUUCACCCCCCACCAGUGCCCCGAGCCCAAGCAGAGGCGCCAGGCCCCAACCAACUUCACCUCCCGACACACACGCAGGGUCGUCUACCCAAAAUACGGAGGGGUAGACGGGGGCUGCUUCGACAGACACCUCAUCUUUAGCAGGUAUGAUUUGUUCCCACUACACUGGGGACUCGGCACAAAGUCCUUGCCUUUUAGGCUGAGGUGGACCUUGGGUGAAUAUUUUUUCCCUUUUUUUUUUCUUUUUUCCCCCCCUUUUUUUUUUUUCUUCUCUCCCCCCCAGGUUCCGGCCCAUCUCUGUGUUCAGGGAGGCAGACGAGGAUGAGAGUGGGUUCAUGUGUUGUGCCUUCUCUGCCCGUGAGCGCUUCCUGAUGCUGGGGACGUGUACGGGCCAGCUCAAACUCUACAACGUGUUCACAGGCCAGGAGGAGGCUAGUUACAGCUGUCACAGCUCUGCCAUCACACACCUAGAGCCAUCACGGGUCAGUGGGACACAUGUACAAAUCUACCCAUCUUGUGGAUAUCUAAAACAUAGUAUUUGAAUGAAACCUUUAUUCUUGUCUUUUGUCAUCAGGAUGGCUCUCUGUUGUUGACGUCAGCAUCAUGGAGUUAUCCUCUGUCUGCACUGUGGGGCAUGAAGUCAGUGUUCAUCAUGAAGUAAGUGUGACUCGAUUAGAAGACUAACCCUGGCCCAGUCAAAUCAAUACAGUUGGUUAUUGCUUUCAAUGGGGAUGACUGCUCUACCCAUUCCCUUUCUAUGGUUCAUUCUACUGGUUCUGUGUCUAUGGUCCUCAGAGCAGGGAGCUGCUGACAGGUUAUUGAAUUAUGCACACUAACUGAACUGACUUAGGGCUGGAAUCUUCACUUCAUAGAACACUGACAGUGUAGUGGGGCCACAGUUUAACAAAAGCAACAUUGGGGCUUUUGUGAUUUUAGCUAGAACAACAUUAGACCAUCAUUGCUUAACCAAAAUGUAUUUAUCAAUAUGAACUGAAGUCAGAGGUUGUAAGGAUUGCCUGGGAAUUUGUAUUUUUUAUUUGUAGAUGUUUGAAUUGAUCUCUAUAUAAUUAGUUUUGCCUUUUCUUUCCAGGCAUUCCUUCUUAGAUGAUCAUAAUGUGGAGUUCAGUAAACUUUCACAAGACCGAGUCAUUGGCACAAAGGAACACAUAGCUCAUGUAAGUCUUCUUUCCCAACAUCUAAAGGUUAAACUGAACAACCAUGUAUACCAAACAUUAGGAACACCUUCCUAAUAUUGAGUUGCACCCCCACAUGUUGACUCCAAUGCUUCCCACAGUUGUGUCAAGUUGGAUGGAUGUCCUUUGGGUGGGGGACCGUUCUUGAUACACACAGGAAACGGUUGAGCGUGGAAAAACCCAGCAGCGUUGCAGUUCUUGACACAAACCGAUGCGCCUGGCACCUACUACCAUACACCGUUCAAAGGCACUUAAAUCUUUCCCAUUCACUCUGAAUUGCACACACACAAUCCAUGUCUCAAGGCUUAAAAAUCAUUCUUGAACCUGUCUCCUCCCCUGCAUUGAAGUGGAUUUAACAAGUGACAUCAAUAAGGGAUCAUAGCUUUCACAUGGAUUCACCUGGUCAGUCUGUCAUGGAAAGAGCAGGUGUUCUUAAUGUUUUGUAUACUCAGUGUAUAAGCUGAAAUCAUGUCAUCGUCUUUGGGUCUCAGAUCUACGACAUCCAGACAGGGCAGAAGACCCUUACCCUCCACUACCCGGACCUGGCCAACAACUACAAGAGGAACUGUGCGACCUUUAACCCCACCGACGACCUGGUACUGAACGACGGUGUGCUGUGGGACGUGCGCUCAGCUCAGGCCAUCCACAAGUUUGACAAGUUCAACAUGAACAUCAGCGGAGUGUUCCACCCCAACGGCCUGGAGGUCAUUGUCAACACUGAGAUUGUAUCCUUUACUCACUUACUGUUUUACUUAUUGUAUUUGUAAAGAGUAUUUCCUGUGCUCAGUUGAUGGUACUUAGCCUAUAUCAGUUGGUCAGAUGUUUUCAGACCUCAAAAGUGGCCUAAUUUCAAGAUGAGUUUGUGUCCCAUGCCAUCUCUUGUGUAGAUCCAGCAAAAUGCCCCAACCCCAAAUGAAUUGGAAAAAAUAGUAAUUACAUUAUACUGAAAGUGAUGUGACUGUGUGAUUCCUUAAUGAGUGUGUCAGUGGGACCUGCGGACCUUCCACCUGCUCCACACAGUGCCAGCUCUGGACCAGUGCAGGAUCGUCUUCAACAACAACGGCACGGUCAUCUACGGAGGUGAGGACUGACCUCAGUGCAUGAUGGGAAAUAGAGUACAGUAUGCUGUGGUUGCGAGACUAAUCAAAUUUCACCUAGUGCUAAACAGCUAGCACUUUUUAAGAUGUGUGUAAAAAGGUGAGUGCUUGUGGGGUUGUGUGUUCAUGAAGUGUGAAAGGUGCAUGUAGAGGUGUGUGUUUGAUGCCACACGGCCCCGCUGAACCAUAUGGCCAGGAGGAUGUGCCCUGAGCUGGCAGAGGAGAGCACCAGCUGGUUCACACCACCUCACAGCCAGAGCCACAGGGAGGCCAUGAUGGAUCCACCCACAUCCAUAUCACUCUAACGUCUCAGUAGCCAGAGCCAUGUGGAGGCCAUGAUGGAUCCACCCACAGCAGUGUCGCUCUAACGUCUCAGUAGCCAGAGCCAUGUGGAGGCCAUGAUGGAUCCACCCACAGCAGUGUCACUCUAGCAGCAGGAUCACUCUUAUCAUACUAUCUAUUUAUCCACCCAUACGUACAUCCAUGUGGUAUGUACGUAUGCAACUAGUGUUAUAUUGCCAUCGUGGAUCCUCGCAUUACCAAAAAGCAUGAAAUUUUUCCCAAAUUCAGUUUUAUCCGUUUUAGUUUUUCCAAGUUUCUGUUUUUCCCCAGAGUUUUUUUUGGUAAUCUUUUCACAUCUCACUUUUUAAUAGAACAUCCAAUUUUGUUGUUUUUCUAAGUCCACAACAAUGCUUUAACCACAUCAGGAGACUACUUUUGAGGUCUGGGAUUAUUUAUUUUUUGGGGGGGUAUAGUUACCCUUUUAAUGUACCUGAGCAUCCGAUGGAGACCAUGUGAUUGCAGAGUUUGCUAAAUUACCUCUGGAUUGAUGCAAAUGAGCAUGAUAUCAUUCUGCUAGAUAGGUAUAGGCUACUUUGUAGUUAACAUUUCAUGGAUAAUUUUUUUUUGGGGAAAGCCUUUACAUCUACAAAGUGUAGACUAGACAUACGCACGCACGCCACACAACACACACAGACGGGCAUUCAUGUGCCGUUUCCGAAAGUUGCUGGAAAAUACGAAUCACUGAUGCAUUUUGUUCAUGUCUUAUGAUUAACUUGGGCAAAUGUAAUGUGUUUUCUAAUUAGUUCAAUACAUUUAGUUGAUUUCCUACGAAGUUCAAUACAUUUUGGAACAUUGUUGAAUUCCGUUCUGUCUAGAUCCUGUAAUACCCUCCGUGUUUUCCACAACUUGGCCCUACGGUACCAGAAUUGAACAAUGCCAUCUAUUUUCAAGGAGAAUUUUUCAAUUAUUUCAUAGGAAUUCCAAUUCAGUUCUUGGCUUGACUGAAUAGAAAUGGAAUUGACCACAAUCCUGUUACCUAGGGCCAUGUGGAUACCAUGAAGGCUCUGCCCACCCACCCACCCACACACCCACACCACUCUUAUUAGUAGCCAGAACCAUGGGUCCAUGACCAUCGGUCUGGCCAUUUAAUCUGGCCUCCCAGCUUUCCUUCUACUGAUGCAAUAUCUACUGAUGUAACUGGUAUCCUUAUUGACUGUGAAAAUAAUUGUAGCCAUCCAUACACCUCUAUUGCUUUUUCUUUGUAUAUGAAGCACACCUAUGGAUUUGCUCUAGUUGUGGCGUGUACAGAAAACGUAACCCUACUGUUGUUUUUCCAGCGAUGCUACAGGCUGAUAAUGAGGAUGACAUGAUAGAAAUGCAGAUGAAGACUCCCUUUGGCUCCUCCUUCAGGACGUUCAACGCCACCGACUACAAACCCAUUGGUAAGACUGCUCUAAGACACACUGUCACAACAGUCCCAAGGCCUUGUAUUUAUCAGGAGUAGACUAUCCAGUUUUAAAUUGCAACCCAGGCGUGACUCACCAGUGGCUCCUGUCCUGACCCACCAUCUGGGAAACACUUACAGCUUCAUGCUUUGGAAAUGGAGUAGGAUUAGCUUUUUUCUUAUGUAUAAAGCAAAUUGACUCCAUCUAAAAUAGAUUAUUCUUUCUGUAUCAACUACUUUCAAUAUUGUGAAGUCGUAUGAGAGGUUUAUUAUUUCCCCCCAGCCACCAUCGACGUGAAGAGGAAUAUCUUUGACCUCUGCACGGAUACUAAGGACUGCUACCUGGCUGUGAUUGAGGUGCAUCUUCUGUCAUCUGUUAGAUAACUCGAUAAAGCUGCAAGUGAUUGAAUCACAUACUCCGCUUUGCACAGUCAGAUAUUGAGUUUAGUGGUGGUGGUGGGGCUUAGUAGUAUUGAGACAUACAACUGUUGUCAGACUUUCUGUGUUUCCCCUCCAGAACCAGGACUCGGUCAACACUGACACGGUGUGCAGAUUGUACGAGGUGGGACGCCAGAGACUGGCUGAGGAGGAGGAGGAGGAUGAGGAAGAUCAG